AUGCACUUUCGGGGAAUUCGAUUAUUGCUUUGCCUCUUCUGUCUUGCGCACUCAACCCUCCAGCAGAGUUCCUCCAAGAAAAAGAAAGGUAAAAAAUCAUCCAACAGUGCUGCCAUUGAAGAGUUGAAGAAACAGAUCGAUGAAAUUGUGGAGGAUCUGAAUGUGUUGAAGCAACAGCAAGCCUUACAAGCAGUUUGCCUGAAAGGCAUAAAAAUCCCCGGCAAGUGUUUCUUAGCCAACCCCGUGAAGAAAAGUUUCCACACGGCCGCCGACGACUGCAUUGCGAAAGGCGGCACCCUUAGUACCCCUAUGACUGGCAACGAAAACGAUCAUCUCUAUGACUACGUCCGCCAGAGCAUUGGUCCAGAGGAGCAGAUCUGGUUGGGGAUCAACGACAUUCUGAAGGAGGGGGAGUGGCAAGAUCAGAGAAGCUCCGUCGUGCGCUUUAAAAACUGGGAGUCCGAAAUCACACGACAACCCGACGGCGGCAGAAGCCAAAACUGUGCUGUCCUCUCCAGCACAGCUAACGGGAAGUGGUUUGACGAGAAGUGCACGGCAGAGAAGGCGUCCGUCUGCGAGUUCAAUAUCGUCUGAGUUCUUUCCUGUCAACGCGGAAAGGUUGAUCUUUUGUUUGCAUUGGCGCAUAAAUACAUAGAGCAUGAACUACUC